AUGGAAGACGGCAAUGAAGAUUUGUUGUUGGAAUGUGAUAAUGAGACCCUUAUGGAAAAUUUGAAUACAUUGGACUGCGAAAAUAUAGGAGAUGAUGCAACUGUGCCUACAGUUGGUAUGAUAUUCAAUGAUGAGAAGGAAAUGUUUGAGUUUUAUAAAAGAUAUGCUUAUGCUGUAGGAUUUCCAAUAAGAAAAAGGAAUUCCAAAAAAGGGGAAGAUGGAGUUAUGAGAUAUGUGACGUUCACAUGCAGUCAUGAAGGUCGGAGGAGUUAUGCUACGGGCGGAUCGUUGAAAUCACAACCAACAAGUCAAAUAGACUGUAAAGCAAGAAUAUCGGCAUCUUUAGAUUCUCUUGGAGUUUGGAGAAUUAAUAAAGUGCAGCUGGAUCACAAUCAUAAAACGAGUCCUUCCAAGUCUAGAAAGCUAGAAGUAAACGAUUUGGCUGGAAUUCCAUUGCACAAGAGUUAUAACUCUGCGGUUGUGGAAGCUGGAGGAUAUGAGAAUAUUACUUUUGUGGAGAAGGAUUGUCGGAAUUACGUUGAACAGGUGAGACGAUUACGCCUUGGAGAAGGAGACGCCUUCGCAAUACAGGCGUACUUUUCAAAGAUGCAAGCACGGUGCUCCGGAUUUUACUUUAGCAUGGACUUAGAUGAGGAAUGCAGGCUAAAGAAUGUUUUUUGGGCAGAUCACAGAUGUAGGCAGUCUUAUAAGGAAUUUGGUGAUGUGGUGACUUUCGAUACUACCUAUUUGACUAAUAAGUACGACAUGCCGUUCGCCCCUUUCGUUGGGGUGAAUCAUCAUGGCCAGUCCACACUGUUGGGUUGCGGAUUGUUAUCGAAUGAGGACACCGGGACUUUUGUGUGGUUGUUCAGAACAUGGCUUGAGUGCAUGCAUGGACAAGCUCCUAAUGGCAUUAUUACUGAUCAAGAUCGGGCAAUGCAAAAUGUAAUUGAGAUUGUUUUUCCGAACACGAAGCAUAGGUGGUGUCUUUGGCAUAUUAUGAAAAAGCUGCCUGAAAAGUUUGGAUAUCACAUUCUUAAGAGCUCAAUAUUUUCUACAAUUCAUGGAUUGGUCUAUGAUUCCGAAAAUGGCCAAGAAUUCGAAGAGGGUUGGAGGUUAAUGCUCGAAAAAUACGACUUACAUGAUAAUGAUUGGCUAGCGGGAUUGUAUGAGAACAGAGGUCGUUGGGUGCCUUGUUUGUUGAAAACUACGUUUUGGGCAGGCAUGUCGACUACACAACGAAGUGAGAGUAUGAAUGCAUUUUUUGACGGGUAUGUGCAUUCGAAGACCUCACUCAAGCAGUUUGUCGAGCAAUAUGAGAGAGCACUGCGAAGUAAGGUCGAGAAGGAGUUUCAGGCUUAUUUUAAAUCGUACUCUCAAAUGGUGCCCUGUGCGACAAUUUUCCAAAUGGAAAGGCAAUUUCAAGCAGUAUAUACCAUUUCGAAGUUCAAAGAAGUGCAGGACGAGUUUACUGGGAAGGUAUAUUGCAACGUCAUAACUGAAACUGCAAAUGACUGUUAUUGGUCAACCUACGAGGUUCAUGAGCAUGUUGCAGUUCAUGAUUAG